AGGCGGUACAAGCUUUGUUGUUGUUUUUGGUAAUGGUUUUAGGUCGUCGACAUAUAUCAUUAUUUUUUUUAAACAGGCCGAGCUCGGAAAGAGUUGGAGUUAUACAUUUAAGGACCCUGACAUCUUUGUCUUGUUGAAGCCGUAACGUAAGGUUUAUUUAUUUAUUUUUAUUAUUAUUAUUUUUUUUACUUUUUAGCUGAAUCCGUCUGCUGAGGAAAAAAUAAAGAUGAGUUGCCAGUACCAGCGCAGUGUUCCGUUCGAGUUCAGAAAAUUGGAGGGAGAGAGAGUUCGUGCCAAACAUCCAGACAAAAUUCCGAUCAUUGUAGAGAGAGCUGCCAGAUCACGUGCCCCUGAACUUGACAAAAAGAAAUACCUCGUUCCAUCAGAGCUGACAGUUGGCCAGCUGUGCUUCCUGAUCAGACAGCGAAUCUCCAUAAGGCCAGAAGAAGCACUCUUCUUUUUUGUUAAAAAUUCCCUUCCUCCUUCCAGCUGCCCGCUUUCUGUUGUAUAUGAGGAACACCACGAGGAGGACCUGUUCCUGUACAUGACCUACAGCAAUGAGAGUGUGUACGGUGCCUGAGAGGAUCAAAAAGUUGGAAUGGAAGGACGAGGGACUUUGGCCAAUGAGAGAAUUUGGGGCAUGAUAGAGGAGGGGAUGGAAUUUAAACAGUGGUGUGGUGAUAUUAUUAUUGUUUUACCACUAUUAAUCCAUUUUGUAUGAAGCUAAGCUUACAGCGUUGAACAUCAGUGUGGUUUUGUAGGAUGAAACUGGUUUGUGUUUCAUUACAAUGGGUUUAAUUACGUUUAACAAUGAAAGUAAGGCAUUGCAAUGUAAAUAUAAGUGAGGGAGGGAGAGAAGGGUUGUAAAUGACACAUAAAAAAGUUAAUGGGGACAGUUUCAAGAUCGUGGUGCAGUACAAAGUCUUCCCACAAUUCCAUGACCUGUGUCCCAGGAGUGACUCAUCUGUAUUUAAGGAAAAUAUUAUUUUUUGUAAAGGUAUAUGAUCAAUUUUUGCGGUAAAAAAAAAGACAAAUAUGCAGUGUUGUGUUGGUGUGGGUUUUUUAUUUUCAUAAAAACAAUUAAGUUAAAUGUUUGUGGACAACUGACCAUCACACCAAUAUGUGCAUUUUGAACAUCCCAUUCCAGUCCCCCUUUGCUGUUAUAAUAACCUCCAUUCUACUGGGAUGACUUUCCACUACAUUUUGGAGUCUGGCAGUGGGGAUUUGCUCAUUAAGCCACAAGAGCAUUAGUGAGUUUGACACUGAUGAGGAGGCCUGGUGCACAGUCCGCAUUACAAUUUAUCCUAAAGGCAUUCAGUGGGCUUGAGGUCAGGGCUCUGUGCACAUCACUCAAGUUCUUCUACACCAACCUUAUCUAUCAGACCAUGUCUUCAUAGACCUUGCUUUGUGCAGAGUGGCAUUGUAAUGCUGGAACGGGUUUGGGCCUGUUAGCUCCAGUGCAGGGAAAUUGUAAUGCUACAGCAUACAAAGGAGAUUCUAUACAAUUAUGGGCUUCCAAUUUAGUGGCAACAGUGUGGGGAAAAACCACAUACAGUGUGAGUGUGAUGGUCAGGUGUCCACAAACUUUUGGCCAUAUACUUUAUGGAAAUCACCACAAAAA